CUGCUGGCGCAGAACGUGCCCACGUGCAACGACCCGCUCGAGGUGUGUCUGCAGCGGCAGGUGGUGCAGGACACGGUGCAGGUGUUCCAGCACGCCGUGCCCGCCGAGGGCAAGCCCGUCACCAACCAGAAGAACUCCGGGAGAUGUUGGAUCUUCUCUUGUCUCAAUGCAAUGCGUCUUCCGUUCAUGAAAAAGUACAAUAUUGAAGAGUUUGAAUUCAGCCAGUCAUACCUCUUUUUCUGGGAUAAGGUUGAACGUUGCUACUACUUUUUAAAUGCCUUUGUGGAAACAGCGCAGAAAAAAGAACCUGUGGAAGGAAGACUGAUACAAUUCCUGCUUUCCAACCCCACAAAUGAUGGCGGGCAGUGGGAUAUGUUGGUCAAUCUUAUUGAAAAGUAUGGUGUUGUCCCCAAGAAAUACUUCCCGGAAUCUCAUACCACAGAGGCUACGAGAAGGAUGAAUGAGAUCUUGAAUCAUAAGAUGAGAGAAUACUGUUUGCGGCUAAGAAAUAUGGUGACAUGUGGGAUAACUAAUUGUGAACUUACUGCUGAAAUGGACACGAUGAUUGAAGAGGUUUUCAGAAUAGUGAGUACCUGCUUGGGCAGCCCUCCGGAGACCUUCUGCUGGGAGUUCCGGGACAAGGAGAAGAACUACAACAAAAUCGGCCCUGUGACGCCAGUGCAAUUCUACAAUGAGCAUGUGAAGCCUUACUUCAACAUGGAGGACAAGAUUUGUUUAGUGAACGAUCCCCGGCCGCAGAACCCGUACAACAAGCUGUACACGGUGGAGUACCUCGGCAACAUGGUGGGCGGGAGGAGAACGCUCUACAACAACCAGCCCGUUGAUGUCUUGAAAAAACUGGCUGCAGCCUCGAUUAAGGAUGGCGAGGCUGUGUGGUUUGGCUGUGAUGUUGCAAAGCAAUUCUAUGGCAAGCUGGGAAUCAAUGACAUGAAUAUAUUUAAUCAUGAGCUGGUAUUUGGAGUCUCCAUCAAGAACAUGAACAAAGCAGAACGAUUAAUCUUUGGCGACUCACUGAUGACCCAUGCUAUGGUCCUGACAGCUGUCACUGAGAAGGUAGAGUCCUUCUUCUGAAGUUCUGAU